AUCGUUGAUCAUUUUAUAGAAACAUAAUACAAAAUAUAUUCAAGAAGCUUAUAGAUGAUCAGAUAAAUAUUAUUUCCACUUGAGAAAACACAUCAGUCCAGAAAGACAAAUUCUCAUUGUCAACAAAAAGAAAAAGAGCAAAGUGCUUGAAUAUUAAUAAAAGUCGGAUACUUUACUUUUCAUAUGGAAAGAUACAUCUUCUCUUGCUUCUGAUUGGCAAGACAUUGCUUUGGUCGGUAUCAUACUAAGGCUCUUUGAAUUUUUUCCUCUUCCAACUACCAAAGACGCUGGAAGAAAAACACUAUGAGUUUUGAUCUUGCGUAUUUGGAAGAAAAAUGGGGGACUUAUAGAGGCCUGUUAUUUUAUUUAGUCCUUCUUUUGCCUGUGGCAGCUCACGUACUACUGUCGCGAAACAAGAAGCAAUUGGCGGUUUCAAGUGAAGAAAAUCUGCCGAAAGAAAAAGAAAACACAAAGCACAAGAAAACGGUUAAGAGAUUUACUAGGAAAAACGUGAAGAGCAAACUCGUUCAAUCCAAUUCUCAGAAUGAGAUUGAUUUGCUAAACUCGCCAAUAUGCAUCUUCUACGCUACUUUGGGAGGAACAGCCCAGCGGUAUGCUAAUGAAGUGCACAAGUUAAUGUCUACGAAUCUUCAAAGAGAUGACUUGCAAUUGCUAAGUUUGGAUUACAUCGAUUUGGAGGAAUAUUUCCUUUCCUGUCCGGAAAAUGCAGUCUACCUUAUUAUUCUACCCUCUUAUGCCAUUGAGAGUAGUAUUGAUUUCUACUUAUCGACGUUGCGUGAGACAUUUUACGAUUUUCGCGUUCAAAAAAACCCUUUAGAAAAGUUGUCAGGGUAUGCUGUGUUUGGACUUGGUGAUAUGGACAAUUAUCCUGGUGAUAUGUUUUGCUACCAGGCUAUUCAAACCGAUAAGUGGUUAAGCAAACUUGGUGCUUCAAGAAUUGCUCCUAUGGGUGUUACAAACUCACAGUUAGCUCCAGCAACACAAGUUGAUGUCUUAACUCAAUGGACAAAUUCUGUUCUCGAAAACAUGAAAAAAGGAACCUUAUUGCGUCCUAUAGAUGAAGGGGAGGGAAACUCUGAAGUGAUGGAUGUAGAAGAUAUGGGUCCAAUGAUGGCGAAAGCCAAGGCAGAAUCUUCGUUGCCGGUCGGCACCAAGGAAAUGGUAUCGACUGUAUCGCCCACUUAUAAAGCGUUAACAAAACAAGGAUAUAGUGUAGUUGGUUCCCACAGUGGUGUCAAGAUUUGUCGAUGGACGAAGAAUGCCAUGCGUGGACGAGGUUUUUGCUACAAAUAUAGCUUUUAUGGUAUCCGUAGUCAUUUGUGUAUGGAAGCCACGCCUAGUUUGGCAUGCGCAAACAAAUGUACAUUUUGCUGGCGCCACGGCACGAAUCCGGUGGGUACAGAAUGGCGUUGGAAAGUUGAUCCUCCAGAGUUGAUUAUGAAAGGUGUUCUUGAAUCUCACUAUGCCAAAUUGAAACUGAUGCGAGGCGUACCUGGAGUGCGUCAAGAUCGUUUUCUUGAAGCUUCUCGAGUGAGGCAUUGCGCAUUGUCGCUGGUGGGUGAACCGAUUUUCUACCCAUAUAUCAAUGAAUUCGUGGGAAUGCUUCAUGAACGGGAAAUUUCAUCCUUCCUUGUCACAAAUGCUCAGCAUCCGGAAGCGUUCCGGAAGAUGGGAAUGGUGACUCAGCUAUAUGUUUCGAUCGAUGCCAGCACGAAACAGAGUCUCAAGUCGGUAGAUCGACCAUUGUUUAAAGACUUUUGGGAGCGCUUGCUGACGUGUUUAGAGAUUUUACGCGAAAAGAAGCAAAGGACGGUGUAUAGAAUGACAUUGGUGAAGGGAUUUAACAUGGAACAAAUUAAAGAGUACACUGAAUUGAUACGAUUGGGAGUUCCUUGUUUCAUUGAGAUCAAGGGAGUUACUUACAGUGGAAAUUCUGACCAAUCGCCACUAACGAUGAAGAAUGUACCAUACUAUGAAGAGGUGGUGGACUUUACAAAGAAGUUAAUUGAAAAUAUAGACAAGUAUUUGGGAGACUUGGGUGUUAAAUACGAAAUUGCAGCGGAGCAUGCUCACAGUUGCAGUUUACUGGUUGCACAAACGAAGUUCAAGAAGAACGACAUGUGGUACACUCACAUUGACUAUGCGAAAUUCUUUGAGCUAUGGCGUACAAAGGAAGCAUUUGAUCCAAUGGAUUAUAUUGCACCCACGCCGGACUUUGCUUACUUUGGCCAGGGAGGAUUUAGUCCGGAAGAUGUUCGAUUUGUGCGAAAGCAAAAGAAUAAAAAUAAGCCAGAGGCCACACCGGCACCUACUGCAGUUCCAGAGGUUGCUGCUUAGUUUUUGGAAAUGUUUAAAUAUCGCUGGAUUGUUGAAGCUUGGGGCAUAUGGAAUAUACCAGGUAUGAAUACAGGCGUGUGUGCAUCCUGGAUGGAUGGAUGGAUGGAACAAGUAAGAAAGCAGAACAAGUUCUGUCACAUACUAAAAAUGGGGUAAUUUUUUCUUUUAAUACAUAUUCUAUUU